UCAAAGUUGCAGCAAAUCCAUGGCUUGUUGUUCAUCAUCAUCAAUUGAGUCAUGCUUCUGCUGCUGCUUCUUGUUUUCUCUUCUUCUACUCUUCUCCUCAGCAACAUCAACUGACACAAUCGCUGUAAAUGACUCUGUGACAGGGAACCAAAGCAUCACCUCCAAAGAUGGCAAUUUCGUUCUUGGCUUCUUCACGCCACCAGGUAGCUCCUCUCUCAACUAUUAUAUCGGCAUCUGGUACAAUAAGAUCUCCGUGCUCACCCCAGUAUGGGUGGCCAACAGAGCCACCCCAGUCACAGACCCGACCACGUCAGAGCUCAGAAUCUCUGACGAUGGUAACCUCGUCCUCCGCGUCAACUACUCCAAAACCAUCCUAUGGUCCACCAAUGUCACCACCAUCUCUUCCUCCAACUCCACAGUUGCCGUCAUCCUUGACAAUGGUAAUCUCCAGCUCAUGGAUGGAUCCAACUCCUCACUCAUCUUUUGGCAGAGCUUUGAUCACCCCACUGACACUUGGCUUCCUGGUGGCAAGUUGGUGUUCAAUAAGAUCACCAAAAGACCUCAACACCUCACUUCCUGGAAGAAUAAAGUUGACCCUUCUCCUGGGAUCUUCACCUAUGGGAUGGAUCCGACUGGAUGCUUACAAUACUUAAUUUUGUGGAAUAUGUCUCGGAUAUGUUGGGCUAGUGGACUGUGGGAUGGCCACGAAUUUAGUUCAGUCCCUGAGGCCACAUCAAAUUAUAUGUACCACAUGCAAGUAGUCAAUGAUACAGAUGAGAUGUAUGUCACAUACACUGUAGAUGAAACCAAUUAUCUCACGUCUAGACUAGUACUGGAUUAUGAUUCCGGUGAGAUCCAAGAACUGGUGUGGAUGGAGAAUUUGAAGUCAUGGAUGCUCAUCUGGGCUCAACCAAAAAGCAAGUGCUCAGUUUAUGGGGUAUGUGGACCUUUUGGUAGCUGCACUGACUUCAGAUCACCCUUCUGUUAUUGUGUUAAAGGUUUCAGGAUCAAGUCUCAGAGAGAUUGGGAUUUGGGUGAUAGAAGUCAGGGUUGUGAGAGGAUGACUGCUUUACAAUGUAGUGGUUUAAAUAACAACUCUGCCGAUUCAGAGAAAGAUGGCUUCUUUGAGAUGACAAAUGUUAGGCUACCAGAUAACCCCUUCAAAUUGACCAUGCUUAGGAGCUCACAAGAUUGCGAACUAGUUUGCUUGAAUAACUGCUCUUGUAAUGCUUAUUCCUUUAACUCUAGUGGGUGUUUUGUUUGGCAGGGAGAGUUGCUUAAUCUCCAAGAAGAAUCUAAUGAAUCUGAUGCAGGUACACUUUACCUUCGGUUGGCGGCCUCUGAGUUGCCAAGUUCUGAAAGCAGCAAAAAGAGAGUGGUCAUAUGGGUAAUAGUAGGGGUUGUGCCAUGUAUCAUUGUUUGUUUGUUUGUUGUUUGUAUCUUAAUUCUGAAGCCAGGACGUAGAAGAAUGGUUCAGAAGUCAGAGGCUGUGCAAAGUUCUUUAGUCUCUUUUACAUACAAUGAGCUGCGCAUUGCCACCAAAAAUUUCUCAGAUAAGCUUGGAGGAGGGGGCUUUGGAUCAGUGUUUAAAGGGUCGUUGCCUGGUUCAAUUGAUAUUGCAGUGAAGAAACUCGAAGGUUUUUAUCAAGGAGAGAAACAGUUCAGAGCAGAGGUGAGCACACUAGGAGCCAUUCAACAUGUAAACCUUAUUCGACUAAUGGGCUUUUGCUCUCAAGGAACCAAGAAAUUACUGGUUUAUGAGUUCAUGUCGAGCGGUUCUUUAGCUACUCAGCUUUUUCAUAACAAUUCAAAUGUUUUGGACUGGAACACAAGAUAUCAAAUUGCUAUCAGAACUGCGAGAGGAUUAGCUUAUCUUCAUGAGCAGUGCAGAGACAACAUUAUACAUUGUGAUAUUAAGCCAGAGAACAUACUGUUGGAUGAUGCGCUCAUGCCAAAAGUGGCAGAUUUCGGUCUAGCAAAGCUCUUUGGAAGGAACUUUAGCAAAGUUCUCACUACCAUUCGAGGGAGUAGAGGAUAUCUUGCACCUGAAUGGAUUGAAGGUACACCCAUCACCACCAAAGUAGAUGUUUAUAGCUAUGGAAUGAUGUUGUUCGAGAUCAUAUCCGGCAAGAGAAAUUUAGUCUGUGCAACAGACAGUUGUUUUGAGUUCUUUCCAACAGUGGCAACAAGCAAACUCAUUAAUGGAGAUGUCGAAGGAUUGCUAGACCACCGGCUCGAGGGUGAAGCUGACUUGGGAGAGCUUGAAGUAGCUUGUAAAUUGGCUGGUUGGUGCAUUCAAGAUGAUGAGAGUUCCAGGCCAACGAUGAGUCAGAUUGUUCAAGCUCUAGAGGGCAAUCUAGACAUCAACAUUCCUCCUAUUCCCAAGUUUCUCCAAGACCUAACCGACUCUUGGCCCGACAACAUCAAUUCCCCUGGAAAUUUCUCUUCAAAUCAGAAUUCCAACAGUUGUGCCUCUUCAACUAGCCAUCAGAUAAACAAUGCUACAACUUAAUCUCUAGUUAAGACAGAACAAAGAUAUGCAUCGAGUUUAUUUGUUAUGUAUUGUUUUUCAUCUGCAUAUCAAGUUUGUUGGUCUAUAAAAUGUGACCAAGUUGUGUUUUUUUUUUCGGUAGAUAGGUCGAUGUUAGGUAUCGCCCAAACGCUAUUCUGAAAGGGUAUCGCAUUUUCUUAUUUUGUAUGUCCUUAGAUGAUUGCUACCUUGAAAGCUGCAUUAUGUUCGUAUGUAGAAUGUAAUUGUAUAAUUACACUUCAAUUAGAGAUGUAAAUUGUUUGUUCUAAACGCCCAAUUUAUUUCAA